AUGGUGGCGGGGAGUACGGCGGCGCUGACACUUCUGUCGGCGAUGGCGGUGGCGGUGUUGCUGCUACCCCUCCGCCGGCCGCCACCGCCGCCGCCGCCGCCGCCGUCAGUUGUCUCCCCGAGGGUGAGGCUUAGAGAGGGGAGGCGCCUGGCCUACAGGGAAUGGGGGGUCCUCCCCAUGGAGAAGGCCUCCCACCGGGUCGUCGUCCUCCACGGCUUCGACGACUCCAAGCACUUCGCCCUCCCCGUCUCUCCGGUGACCUCCCUCCACAGCCCCACCCAGUAGCCACCAAACCUGAGGACAUGGACUGACUCUCUCUCUCUCUCUCUCUCUCUUUCUUGCUUCCCCCGUGGCGUGGGCAGGAGCUGGUGGAGGAGAUGGGGGUGUACUUCGUCUCCUUCGACAGGGCCGGCUAUGGCGAGAGCGACCCCCACCCGGCACGCACGGUACAGAGCGACGCCAUGGACGUGGAGGAAUUCGCAGACCGGCUGGGCCUCGGCCCGCGGUUCUACCUCGUGGGCGCCUCCCUCGGCUCCUACCCCGUCUGGGCCUGCAUCAAGCACUUCCCCCACAGGCAUCUCUCUCUCUCUCUCUCUCUCUCUCACUGUGCGCUGUUAGAGCUCAGCUCAUCUCUCUGCUGUUUACGUUACGGGGUGGUGUAUGUAGAGUGGCGGGAGCAGCGCUGGUGGCGCCGCUGGUCAACUUCUGGUGGGCGUCGCUGCCGGCGGAGAUGGCGAGGGCGGCCUACGAGAAGCGGGAGGCGUCGGACCAGCGGGCCAUGUGGAUCGCGCGCUACGCGCCGUGGCUGCUCCACGGGUACAUGACCCAGAAUCUGGUGACCCCCUCCGCCGCCUUGGCCCGGCACCCAAACGUGUUCAGCCCCCAGGACUUGCAGAUCCUCGCCACGCUCUCCCAAAACCCUAACCCACCCGAGGUACAACCCUUGCAUUUCUUCUUCUUCUUCUUCUUCUUCUUCUUCUUCUUCUAAAUUGGGGUGGGGUCUUGUCAGAACAAGGCCAGGUUGCAGGGAGUGCACGAGUCGCUGCACCGGGACAUGAUGGUGGCGUUCGGCGACUGGGGAUUCGACCCCUUGACGGACCUGGCGGAGCCCUGCUCCGGCGAAGAGGGCGGCGCCGCCGCCGCCACCGCCGUCCACCUGUGGCACGGCCGCGAGGACAGGCUCUUCCCCGUGGAGCUGCUCCGCCAUGUGGCGGCGAGGCUGCCGUGGAUCCGCUACCACGAGUGCGCUGACUGCGGCCACCUCUUUGUCCACAACCAGACCUGGAGCGACGCCAUCCUCCGGGAUCUCCUCGCUCGUCCCGGACAGCCACAGCCCUCCCCGGGAGAACUUUGA